AUGGGUGAAGUGCUGACUUUUCUGGACUCGCACGUUGAAUGUAACGUGGGAUGGUUGGAGCCACUACUGGAGCGAGUCUAUUUGGACCGCAGGAAAGUUCCCUGUCCAGUUAUUGAGGUCAUCAGUGAUAAAGAUAUGAGUUACGUUCUAGUUGAUAACUUUCAGCGUGGUGUUUUUAAAUGGCCUCUGGUGUUUGGAUGGAGUCCACUGUCUGAAGACUACAUUAAGAAAAACAACAUGACAAUAGCAGAUCCAAUCAGAUGUCCUGUCAUGGCUGGAGGACUGUUCUCCAUAGACCGGAAUUAUUUCUAUGAACUUGGUGCCUAUGAUCCCGGCUUAGAUGUGUGGGGAGGAGAGAAUAUGGAAAUCUCAUUCAAGAUCUGGAUGUGCGGAGGAGAAAUCGAGAUUAUCCCUUGUUCCAGAGUGGGUCAUAUUUUCAGAGGGCAAAAUCCUUACAAGUUCCCCAAAGACAGGCAGAAAACAGUGGAAAGAAAUCUGGCCCGAGUCGCCGAAGUGUGGCUUGACGACUACAAAGACCUCUUCUACGGACACGGAUAUCACCACCUGCUGGACAAAAACAAUAUCAACAUCGGGGACCUCACAGAACAGAUGGCUCUGAGGAAAAAGCUCAAGUGCAAGAGUUUCCAAUGGUACCUGGACAACGUGUACCCGGACGCUGAUGCCCCCGUGGUCAAAGCAGAGGGAUUGGUGUUCAAUCAAGGUUUGAGGAAAUGUCUCACACUCCAUAAAGGAUCGCUCGUCUUUGAGACCUGUGAUCUCAAUCUGCAGAGUCAGCACUUUAAUUACACUUGGUUGAGAAAUCUCCAGCAGCAGAAUGUUUGCAUUGGCCCACAGAGCAAAGAAGGCAGUGUUGGCUUGUUCUUGUGUGACCGGGCCAGUGCACGACUCAGAUGGUACCACAAACUCAACAACAACUUAUUGGAUAAUCACCUCAUAACCGACUACUUUACCAGUCACAUGUGUCUUGAAGCCGGGACCAAAGGAGAUGGAGUUCUAAUGCGAUCCUUCAGCGUGACUGGAAUGGCUUCGGUGGUGGACUUUUCUGAGGGGCUUUUUGUGUGA